UCCCACACAGAGCAGCCGAGUGUGCCGCGCGAUUCAGCCGCAGCGGCUCGCGUUCUGCCAGGCACUGAGCGGCUCGCGAGUGAUGCUGCUGCACCCAGCGCAUCCUUCCACAACAGCAACACCUUGCUUCGUUUAAGCUGUACAAUCCAAUCUCCGCUCAUGAAGAUGUCCAACAAUGAUAUGAUCUUAUCCACCUCCGACAGGGUGAUUAAAUCGGUUCCUUUCCCUUUAAGUCAUCGGCUGACUAUGAAGGAAGUCUUUGACUGUGAUGGAAAGCCCCGGGUCGAUCUUCUGAAGGCACAUCUUACUAAAGAGGGAAGAGUGGAUGAGGCCGUCGCACUGAGGAUAAUCAACGAGGGAGCUUCAAUUCUUCGUCAUGAAAAGACAAUGUUAGACAUAGAGGCACCUGUUACAGUUUGCGGAGACAUUCAUGGUCAGUUUUUUGACCUGAUGAAGUUGUUUGAAGUGGGCGGAUCACCGGCCACAACUCGUUACUUAUUCCUGGGAGAUUAUGUGGACAGGGGAUACUUCAGUAUUGAGUGUGUUCUGUACCUAUGGUCUCUGAAAAUCCUGUAUCCAAAGACAUUAUUUUUACUACGAGGGAACCAUGAAUGUAGACAUUUAACAGAAUAUUUCACAUUCAAACAGGAAUGUAAGAUCAAGUAUUCGGAGCAGGUAUAUGAAUCAUGUAUGGAAGCCUUUGACUGUCUUCCAUUGGCAGCAUUAAUGAAUCAGCAGUUCCUAUGUGUACACGGAGGAUUGUCACCAGAAAUACACACGUUAGACGACAUUAAGAAAUUAGACAGAUUUAAAGAACCACCAGCAUUUGGCCCGAUGUGUGAUUUAUUAUGGUCAGAUCCAUUGGAAGACUUUGGAAAUGAAAAGACACAAGAAUAUUUUAGCCACAAUACAGUCAGAGGGUGUUCUUACUUCUAUAGUUAUCCUGCGGUUUGUGAGUUCCUUCAGAACAAUAACUUGUUGUCUGUUAUCCGGGCUCAUGAAGCACAAGACGCUGGGUAUCGAAUGUACAGAAAAAGUCAAACAACUGGUUUCCCCUCAUUAAUUACCAUCUUUUCUGCACCAAACUAUCUUGAUGUUUACAACAAUAAAGCGGCCGUAUUGAAGUAUGAGAAUAAUGUUAUGAAUAUCCGACAGUUUAACUGCUCUCCUCAUCCCUACUGGCUGCCAAACUUCAUGGAUGUUUUUACAUGGUCUUUACCUUUUGUUGGCGAAAAAGUUACAGAAAUGUUGGUGAAUGUUUUAAACAUUUGCUCCGACGAUGAGCUCAUGAACGAUGGGGAUGAGAUAUUUGACCUAAAUGCUGCAACAGCUCGCAAAGAGGUCAUCAGAAAUAAGAUUCGAGCCAUAGGCAAAAUGGCAAAAAUGUUUUCAGUUCUAAGAGAAGAAAGUGAGAGCGUCCUGACAUUGAAAGGUCUAACUCCAACAGGAAUGCUGCCAAGUGGAGUGCUUUCUGGAGGCAAGCAGACACUGCAGAAUGCUACUGUUGAAGCAAUCGAGGCCAUUGAAACAGUUGAACAUCAUGAAGGAAUCCGUGGGUUUUCACCACAGCACAGAAUCAGUAGCUUUGAGGAGGCGAAAGGACUGGAUCGUAUUAAUGAGAGGAUGCCCCCUCGAAAGGAUGCUGUCAACAGCAUUGGUAACUCAGUGGGAAAAAUGAAUAUGUCAGAGUCAAACGGGACCGGUGACAACAGCAAUACCCAGUGAACUGCUCACAAGGACUUGAAUAGUUUUAAAAUUUCAAUUUGUAACAUGUCCUGCCUCUGACCAAGAUACCAUACUGCUGCUUUGGCAUAAAAAUUAACCCUUUUCUAAAGAACAAAGAGUCUAGCCCUGUUUCAUACAAGCCUAAAUAUAGUACUUCAGAUAAAAUGAUGGACUAGGUUUUUUUACAAAGGUGGUAAACAUUUAAGCAGCAUUUUCAGUCUGCUCCCAUGCUUCCCUUUGGUCCACUGAGAAACAAGUAAGUAAUCUCAAUCUUCUUAUUUUACUUGGGUGUAUUCUUCAUAUUUAUACAUCAAUGAGUGUGUUCGCCAUAGUAAAACGAUUUUAAACAUUUCUCAGUAAUUUAAGACAAUAUUUUAUUCAUAAAAGACACGUAUAUAUCUCCAUUUAAAACUGUUUUAUUACUAUUCAAAUUUAAUCUAUGUCUUAAGAACAAAAGUGUAAAUUUGAAAAAUAAUUGAAAUGCAGAAUAUUAGAAGAGUAUGUUUUGUAAACAAAAUUGCUGCCUGACAAUGUUCAUUGUAUUUGGAUGCAGGCAAGUUCUUUUACUAUGCUACAGGACAGCCACAUUGCUUUUGAUUAGGACUUUUUAUUGUGACAUACUGUAACAAUGAAUUUAGUUUGCCUGUCACAUGUAAUUACAAACACUGCACACAGUCACACACACACAUACUUCUUUUGUAAUGAUCUGCCAUAACGGUAAAACUAAAAAUUUGUACAGUAUCUCUAGAAUGCAUUGAUGCAUGUAACUAACUUUCUAAAUGAAAUGUGAAACUGUAUUUGUGCUGUGUUUCAGACUGGUAAAACUGGAUUCUUAUUUGCUUUACAGUAUAAUAUAUUUGUAAAAUUGUUUGUUUUUAUUUGUUGAUAUUGCUGUAAAAAAUUUUUCAUGUUACUUUACAAAGAUGAAUUUAAUUGUAUUUUAUGUUUGUUGUGUACAGAAGUGCCCAAUAGUAUCAAUACACAUUUUCAGUACAUCUUUACUUAGUCCAAAGCAACAUUUUUGGCUGCCAAUGCAUGACUGCAUGGGUAUUAAGAAGUUAUAAAAAUUAUGAAGGCACCAUUUAGUGCCUCACUUAUAAGACAGUUAGUAUAAUCAUCACUUCCUUACACACUUUAAAUAUUUUUUUCAAAAAGUCAUUAUUUUAUUUUUUAUUUUUCAUUAACUUUAUCUUGUGAGGAUUCUUGUAAUAAAUGAAUCUGAGUUUUCACAUUGGAAUUGAUAUUUGAAAAAAUGAUAUUGUAAGCAUGCCCUCUGGGAAGUUAACAGAACUUUUUUUACUCUUCAAUAAAACAUGCAUGAAUCCACAAA